CCCGAAACAGCACAACCGCGAGCCUGAGAACCCGCGCGGCGCGGGCACGGGGCCGCGCCGCAGAGCACGAGGGGCCCCCGAGGCGCUGGGGGUGCGGGGAGGCAGGCGGGGCGCCGAGGCCCGAGUGUCCGGCGAGGGGGCGGCGCCCUCCGCGUCCCUGUGACUGCGCUCCGCGCCCCCGUCUGCCGCGACUCCCGGGAUGCGCGGAGGCGGCGGCGAUGGCGAUGAUGCCUCUAGCCCUGCAUCCUCCCGGGCGGCGGCCGGAGCUACGGUCCGGGCUGCGAGAUGGAGGAGGAGGGGCGGCGCUGCGCCCACCUGGCAGGCUUUCCUGCCUUGGGCCUCUUUUGCCACAUAUCGCUCAUCUGUGAGUUGAGGCCCUGACUCCCUUCCCACAGAAGGAAGAGUCAUUUCUCUCUGAAGAUGAACUCCACGGACCACCUUCAGGAUGCUCCCAACACCACCUUGCUACAUGUGCCUCGCUCCCAGGGAGGAAACAGCACUGCUCUCCAGGAGGACCUCCAGGAUCUCAUCCACACAGCCACCCUGGUAACCUGUACUUUUCUACUCACGGUUGUCUUCUGCCUGGGCUCUUAUGGCAACUUCAUUGUCUUCUUGUCCUUCUUUGAUCCAGCCUUCAGGAAAUUCAGAACCAACUUUGAUUUCAUGAUCCUAAACCUGUCCUUCUGUGACCUCUUCAUUUGUGGAGUGACGGCCCCCAUGUUCAUCUUUGUGUUAUUCUUCAGCUUAGCCAGUAGCAUACCGGAUGCUUUCUGCUUCACCUUCCAUCUCACCAGUUCAGGCUUCAUCAUCAUGUCCCUCAAGACGGUGGCAGUGAUUGCACUGCACCGGCUGCGCAUGGUGUUGGGGAAGCAGCCCAAUCGCAUGGCCUCCUUUCCCUGUACCUUGCUCCUCACUCUGCUUCUCUGGGCCACCAGCUUCACCCUCGCCACCUUGGCCACCCUGAAAACCAGCAAGUCCCACCUCUGCCUUCCCAUGUCCAGUCUGAUUGCAGGAGAGGGGAAGGCCAUUCUAUCUCUCUAUGUGGUUGACUUCACCUUUUGUGUUGCCGUGGUCUCUGUCUCUUACAUCAUGAUUGCUCAGACCCUGCGGAAAAAUGCUCGAGUCAGAAAAUGCCCCCCCGUCGUCACAGUUGAUGCUUCCAGACCACAGCCUUUCAUGGGAGCCUCUGUGAAGGGAGGUGGAGAUCCCAUCCAGGGGACUAUGCCAGCUCUCUACAGGAACCAGAAUUACAACAAACUUCAGCACGUUCAGACCCAUGGAUACACCAAGUGUCCCAACCAGCUGCCAACCCCUGCAGCCAGCCGGCUCCAGCUGGUAUCAGCUGUCAACCUCUCCACAGCUAAGGAUUCCAGAGCGGUGGUCACCUGUGUGAUCAUUGUGCUGUCAGUCCUGGUGUGCUGUCUUCCACUGGGGAUUUCCUUGGUGCAGGUGGUUCUGUCCAGCAGUGGGAGCUUCAUCCUUUACCAGUUUGAACUGUUCGGAUUUACCCUUAUAUUUUUCAAGUCAGGAUUAAACCCUUUUAUAUAUUCUCGGAACAGUGCAGGGCUGAGAAGGAAAGUGCUCUGGUGCCUCCAAUACAUAGGCCUGGGUUUUUUCUGCUGCAGACAAAAGACUCGACUUCGAGCCAUGGGAAAAGGGAACCUCGAAGUCAAUAGAAACAAAUCCUCUCAUCAUGAAACAAACUCUGCUUACAUGUUGUCUCCAAAGCCCCAGAAGAAAUUUGUGGACCAGGCGUGUGGCCCAAGUCAUUCGAAGGAAAGCGUGGUCAGUCCCAAGAUCUCUGCGGGACAUCAACACUAUGGUCAGAGCAGCUCUACCCCUAUCAACACUCGGAUUGAACCAUACUACAGCAUCUACAACAGCAGCCCAUCCCAAGAAGAGAGCAUCCCAUGUAACUUGCAGCCAGUAAACUCUUUUGGAUUUGCCAAUUCAUAUGUUGCCAUGCAUUAUCACACCACUAAUGAUUUAAUGCAAGAAUAUGACAGCACUUCAGCCAAGCACAUUCCAGUCCCCUCUGUUUAGAGUCAUGGAGGGAGGCUGGAGAAAUGGUGUAAACUGUUUUUGUUUCUGAUACUAAUUGAUUUUUUUUCACUUUUGUGAGACCAGUGGUAGAUCAAAGCAAAGAUUUAGUGAAACAGUUGGCAUUUAUGAUUUUCUUUUGUCUGAAGUAUUAGCAUCUGUUGAUUUGCUCUGACAUUUUAAGAUUUGAUGUAAAAGUUUAUUCUUUAGAUUUUUACCCUGACUUGUGCUCCAAUCUUUUGUACUAAAUUUUUAAAUAGAUGCCAGGAAUGAUCAUGCUACUAUGUUAGAGAAUGAACUGAUUAUGAUCAUUUGAGUCAGUGUUGUGGGUCUUCAAAGUAUAUAUGAGCUGGAUUUUUUAAAGAAUGUUAAGAUAUGAUCUUUCCUGAGGUAUUAUUUGUAUUAAUUCAAUUAUAAAUUUUGAUUCUUUGAAGUGUUGAAAUGGGGAACAAUAUGCUUUUUUGGUAGUAGGCUUAUUUGA